GUAAUAAACCAUAUGCUAACUCUUUACAUUUUGUAAUGAAGUUUUGAAAUGCAAGAUUGCAAGUAUGCAAAUUUCAAACCAAAUGCUGAUUUGAAGCUCUUCUGGUAUGGAAGGCCCAUAGGAAGCCCAUAAAACCUCAAACUGGGUUAAGACACGACAAACAGCUGUCCAGCCCAACAGCCCAAUUUUCAGCUCACCAGCUAAGCUACCAGGUCAAUUUCCACCGACGAUCUUCUCCGAUCAGACAAACAACCAACCAAAAAAACCAAUCAUCAUUGAUGGCGUAAUAGUUGCAGCGUCUGUUUGUUGGAUUUCACUUUACCCCCUUUUCACUCUACCCUCCUAACUAAUAUCUGAUUUACUUGGAUUUUGCUCCUCGAUCGUUCACUCCCAAUUCAGAUACACACUGAAAGGCGACGACGGUGUGUGAUUCAGAGAAGAUAAACAGUGAAAAAAAUGUCGAAAGUGGUGGAUGAGUUCUCCGACGAAGAGGAGGAGGAUCGCGAGAAUCUUAUACCCGAGAAUGCCAGACCAAACGACGCCGGCAAGUCUCCCAACUGCCACCGCCGCUCGGCGUUCCACAUCGACGACGAUUUUCGAAGUCGGCUUUCCGCCGUCUCUCGCAAGCUUAACAAGAGGUACCUUCUCGCGAUUUUUCUGCCUUUGGUGAUUUUGAUGCUCUAUUUCACCACCGAUUUGAAAAGUUUGUUCCAAAUGCGUAUUCCGGCGAUUAAGGACGUUAGCGGUAGCAACCCAUUUGUCAAUAGAAUGCGUGAGUCGGAAUUGCGGGCUCUGUAUUUGCUUAAGCAGCAGGAACUCGAGCUUCUUAAGAUGUGGAAUUAUACCACAUUGGUGAAUAAGUCGAAUUUUAGCUCGGCGAAUUCGAAUCCAACUUCGGAAGAUUUGAAAUCUCUGGUUUUUAGCCAAAUUUCAUUGAACAAGCAAAUUCAAGGGAUUUUACUGUCAUCCCACGAGAGUAGGGAUGCUCUGGAUUUCACUGAAAAUAACACUGAUGUGAGUUUCUCUAGUUGGAAUAGGUGCCCGAAGGUCGAUCAUAGAUUGUCAGAUAGGAAAACGAUCGAAUGGAAACCGAAGCAGAACAAAUAUUUAUUUGCCAUUUGUGUUUCUGGGCAGAUGUCGAACCAUUUGAUUUGUCUCGAAAAGCAUAUGUUCUUCGCGGCCUUGCUUGAUAGAAUCUUGGUGAUCCCUAGUUCGAAAGUCGAUUACGAGUUUCAUCGUGUUUUGGACAUCGAACACAUCAAUAAGUGUUUGGGGAGGAAAGUUGUGGUGACUUUCGAGGAAUUUGCUGAAAGUAAGAAGCACCAUUUGCAUAUCGACAAGUUCAUGUGCUAUUUCUCUUCUCCUCAGCCAUGUUUUAUGGACGACGAGCGCGUGAAGAAGUUGAAAGGUCUGGGGGUCUCUUUGAGUAAGAUUGAAGCUGUUUGGAAAGAGGAUGUUAAGAAUCCGAAUCAUAGGACAGUCGAGGAUGUUUCAGCAAAAUUCUCUUCGGAUGUUGAUGUAGUUGCAAUCGGAGAUGUUUUUUUUGCAGAUGUGGAGAGAGAAUGGGUUAUGCAGCCUGGGGGACCGAUUGCCCACAAAUGCAAGACUUUGAUCGAGCCGAGUCGGCUAAUUUUGCUAACUGCUCAACGUUUUAUUCAGACGUUUUUGGGGAAGGACUUUGUAGCUCUUCAUUUUCGUCGCCAUGGUUUUCUGAAAUUCUGCAAUGUUAAGCAUCCGAGCUGCUUUUACCCCGUGCCUCAAGCUGCAGAGUGCAUUAAUCGGGUGGUUGAAAGGGCUAAUACGCCAGUGAUAUAUCUCUCUACAGAUGCUGCAGCAAGUGAAACUGGUUUGCUGCAAUCCCUUGUUGUCUUGAAUGGAAAGUCAGUGCCGCUUGUACAAAGACCCGCUCGUAAUUCAGCUGAAAAAUGGGAUGCUUUGCUAUAUAGACAUGGGCUUGAAGGAGACUCACAGGUUGAGGCGAUGCUCGAUAAGACUAUAUGUGCCUUGUCAUCUGUGUUCAUCGGGGCCUCUGGCUCGACUUUCACAGAGGAUAUCUUGCGGUUGCGUAAGGACUGGGGAUCGGCAUCUCUAUGUGACAAUUAUUUGUGCCAAGGAGAAAUCCCGAAUUUUAUUGCGGAAAAUGAGUAAAAAUUGGGAGACUUUAUAUCCUUACUUUGCUCUUUGGGAAAUUUCUGCAGCUAUAUAAGCUGUUUGUGUGUGGUGGAGAGGAAGUCCGUGAAGACGAGUUAGUUCGACUGCUGGGGAUGGCUGUCGGUAAUUUUGCGAAAAAAAAAAAAAAAAUGUUUUGACAGCUUAAUAACAUUCUGUAAAUGGGAUCUUGUCUGAUUUAUGUGGAUCUAUGUAAAUUGUAAUAAGAACUUAAUAAUGUAUCUGGCUUUGUUCCUUGUAAAUUGUAAUAAGCUGUGGCUUUACUGUUAUUCAGUUUGUUUCUUGUGGUUCUUGUGAGUUUAUCUUGUUUAGCCAUAUAUGUAUGAUACUACAACAUGGGACAUUUUAGUGUACGUAUAUUUGUGAAUAAUUCUUGCUGUUAUGUGAUGAAUAUCAUAUGAAAUGUUUGUUUGGUUGA